CUAGAAUCUAAAUUACAUCAGUCUAUUCUGUGGUUUCAUCAUGAUCAUAGGGUACUGAACUCUACACUCCAACUCAAGAGUUCAGUGUCAUAGGGUCAUAGAGACAAUGUUCUAAGCAAGUAGUGUUAUCAUAAUUUAGGUUAUGUUUUUAAUAGGUUAUUCUCAUAGAUUAUCAUUACCAAUGAUUAUAGUGGAGAUUAUACUUGUUUUUAAAUUUGAUAUCUUAUUGGAAUCUUGUGAAUAAAAAUAUAUGUAGAUUAAAUAUUAAACUUUGAAGUUUUGAUUUUUUUUUUUUUUGUCAUUUAUAAAUAUAAAUAAUUUUUAUAGACUGAAAUUUAUCGUUCAAAUUUGAUUAAUUUAUAUAAAUAAUUGUGAUAAAUUCAUUAUAAAUACCAUUAUACCAUUAAUAGUAAGUAUGACUUAAACAUUGGUUUGGACUUAUUUCAAUCUAUACUGAUAUUAAAAAUACAAAAUUUUGAUUGUAUAAAAAAAACUUACUUUUUAUAAGAAUACCAUUAUAUUAUUUCUAAUAUUAAAUAAUAAUAUAUUUGUUGUAAUUAGUCAGUUAUAUUUAUUAUGUUUAUAUUGUGUAGUUAAAAGGUUUUGAAAUAAUUCAAAAUAGUUUUAAAAAUAAAUUAGAAUAAACAUUUCAAUUUAAAUACUUGAAAAUACAUGUUGUGUUAUUUGAAACUUUUUAACAAAAUAAUCAAUAACUUAUCAUUACAUGGAACAGUUUUGAGUUAGAAACUUUUUAACUGCGCCAUAAAAACAUAAUAGGUAAUUGUUUAUUCUAAUAAUUAUAUUGGUGUUUAAGAAUUAUGGCUGAAGAGGAAUCAAAUUCCAAACUAUCAUAUCCUUUAAAAGUAUUGUAUUGUGGAAAUUGUUCACUUCCACUUGAGUAUUGUGAUUUUUCUUCAGACACGGACAGGUGUCGUGAGUGGCUUGAAAAGUAUCUACCAGAUGAGUUUAGUAGACUUAUGACAGCUAGUGGGACUGCCGGUGGUGAUGAUUCUGAUGAAAAAAAACGCCAAAAACGUGGUGGUAAAGGUAUGGUAAAGUCGAAGAAGAAAGAUGAUGGACCUAAACAAGUAAGUGCCUACUGUCUACAUUUUAUAUUAAAAUUUAAUUAUUGAUACCAUUUUAUAAGUAAAGUAACAAAUAUAUUUUGUUUUAUUUAGGUAUGUUUAUCGAGAGCACCAAGAGGAAAAAAGAAGUCUGUGACCGUUGUGACUGGCUUAAGUACAUUCAAUAUUGAUUUGAAAGUUGCAGCUAAAUUUUUCGGUACCAAGUUUGCUUGUGGAUCAAGUGUAACGGGUGAAGAUGAAAUUGUCAUACAGGGUGAUGUAAAAGAUGAUUUGUUUGACAUAAUACCUGAAAAAUGGUCCGAAAUAGAUGAAGAUUACAUUGAAGAUCUUGGAGAUCUUAAACGGUGAUCAUAAUAUACAAAAUUUAUCAAUUUUCUAAAGUAAAACAUAAUACUCAACUUUUAUUGUCAACAUGAAAUGUUUAAAUUAAUGAAAUCAAUAUAUUAUGGAGAUAUUAUUCCAAUUAUUUAAAUAUUGAUUGUUAUUCUACUUUUACCUUAUAAACUUAUAUCCUAAAGUAGUUUGAAUUUUCAAAAAUGACAAAUAAAAUUUAUUAAUUACAGUUACAAUAUUUACAAAAUACAAUUGCGUUUAGUAAUAUACCAUUAGUAUUGAUGUUUAUAUUUUGUUUAAACAAUUUAUACACUGUUUAUGUCUCUACCCAGUGUAUAUAAUUAUUAAAAUGUUUAUACUAAACAAAUAAAUGAGUUAU